AUUGGUUCUGCCGUUGGUUGUACAACAAGUGCAUUCUAUGGAUUCAACCAUGUGAUGCCAAUCGUUCAGAGGUGGGUUAAAGGACCUAUCUGGUUGCAUUUCCUCAUCGGUGCUCCACCUGUGAUAGUCUUCUCUUCAGCUUGUGCAGGGUUGACAGGUGGUGCUGUUCCAGCACUUGCCCAACUUGCAUCUUCAUCUUAUCAUUCAGCAUUCUCGCCUCCGUCAUUGCCAUCUCCAACCUCACAGGAUGAUCAGAUUCACAAAUCCAGAAAUUCCUCUCCUCUAUAAUUCUCUCUACAGUUGCAUAAGUAGCAGAGCACUCUGGUGAUGUCCAUUGUGGACCACGGGCCUGAGCCAUUCUCUAUGCUUUGUGGAUAGCCUCACAAGAAGCUUGUGCAAUAAAAUGCAUGGCUGUUCUCCUUAGGCCCUCUAAUAUGUUCCAGCUACCGGCAUGGUUCUUAUGUAUUAUGUAUGUAGCAGAGCUAGGGAUGGUUCUCUAUAUGUUUAUAUAUAGAUAUAUCUUUUAUUGAGCAUUAUUCUUUAUGAACUAGUAAGAAGUUUUGAUGGCUCUACUGUUUUACUUUAGAUUUAUUUAUGUUGUAUAUUUUGAAAA